GUGGCGUACUGCCGUGCAGAUGCCAUCGCAUUCUGUGCCGAACAUCUGGGCUGAGCCACUGGCAGAGCAGGGGGAGGAGCUCGAACGGGGGCUUGCCCGGCCCUUUAAUUGUGCGCAACGCUGUGGGCGAAAAACGAGGGGCGAAGUGGCCGCUUGUUGAUUCCGCACUGUUGAGAUUCACCAGAUCUUCUUUACUUUGCUAGAGGCAGGUAGACGCAUCUGAGCCCAACGCCGAAGCCCAGGUAAUUCUUAGCUGUGCAGCUCGGGGAAACGUUCUGGAGGAGGGGACGACGAAUCACCGCCGAGCUGUGUUUCUCGAAACGGACGAAGGAAAGCAAAGAACCGGAGGACGGGCGAGAGCAGCCUGCGCUUCUCUCUGCUUGUUCUCUCCUCCCGUGUUGCGGAUUUCCCUUCGUUGAAGAUGGCGGCCCCGAUGCUCUCCGGCAGGACAGGAUCUGUCAGUAACUCAGCUAUGAACACCGGACUGAACAAUAAUAACAAGCCGGUCGGCGGCUUCCCGGAGCUCGACUUCAGGUCUGGGGCGCGCAUGGAGGAGCUCAACCGGCUCAUCCAGGAGUUCGGCAAGCACGAGCAACGCGAGUACGAUGAUCAGCGGGCUCUGGAGAUCCAUACGGCCAAGGACUUCAUCUUCUCAAUGCUGGGUAUGGUUCAAAAACUGGACCAGAAGCUACCAGUUGCUAAUGAGUACCUGUUGCUCUCGGGAGGGGUCCGAGAGGGUGUGGUGGACAUGGACUUGGAUGACCUCAACAUCUAUGCUAGGGGCACUGAUUAUGACAUGGACUUCACUCUAUUGGUCCCUGCACUGAAGCUUCAUGACCGCAACCAGCCAGUGACACUGGACAUGCGCCAUUCUGCACUUUGCCACUCUUGGCUAAGCCUCCGUCUUUUUGAUGAGGGAACCAUAAACAAAUGGAAGGACUGCUGCUCCGUAGUAGAUCAUAUCAAUGGAGCUACGAAUUACUUCUUUUCACCCACCAAAGUCGCUGACUGGUUUCAUGACUCAAUCAGCAUGGUGUUGGUGGAAAUUCAGAAGAAGCCUCAGCGGGGAAUGCCCAAGGUGGAGAAGGUAGAGAAAAAUGGGACAAUAAUCUCAGUUAUCUUGGGUGUGGGUAGCAGUCGCAUGCUCUACGAUAUUGUCCCUGUUGUGUCCUUUAAAGGUUGGCCAGCAGUGGCUCAAAGCUGGCUGAUGGAAAACCAUUUUUGGGAUGGCAAGAUAACUGAGGAGGAGGUCAUUAGUGGCUUCUACCUUGUGCCUGCUUGCUCAUUCAAAGGGAAGAAAGAAAAUGAGUGGCGACUGUCCUUUGCCCGGAGUGAAGUGCAGCUCAAAAAAUGCAUCUCAGGCAGCCUCAUGCAAGCCUAUCAGGCUUGUAAAGCUAUCAUUAUCAAGCUGCUAUCAAGACCAAAAGCCAUUAGUCCCUAUCACCUGCGUAGCAUGAUGCUGUGGGCUUGCGACAGACUCCCUGCCAGUUACCUUUGCCAAGAGGACUAUGCUGCCCACUUCCUGCUUGGCCUGAUCGAUGACCUUCAGCACUGCUUAGUCAAUAAGAUGUGCCCCAACUACUUCAUCCCUCAGUGCAACAUGCUGGAACACCUGUCCGAAGAGACUGUGAUGCUUCAUGCUCGUAAGCUGUCAUCAGUGCGGUCCGACCCCUUGGAACAUCUGCGUACGGCCAUUGAGCACGUCAAAGCCGCCAACCGCCUGACUUUGGAUCUUCAGCGGAGAGGCAGCACCUCAAGCAUUCCUUCACCACAGUCAGAUGGCAGCGGCAGCACUGGAGACCACCAACCUGAUGACCGCCUUGCAAAGAAGUUACAGCAGCUGGUGACAGAGAAUCCUGGAAAGUCCAUUUCUGUGUUCAUAAACCCUGAUGACGUCACAAGGCCACAUUUUCGCAUUGAUGACAAAUUCUUUUGAGACUAUGUAGCUUGCCACAUUUGCUGGAAUUCUGUGUCUUUCACUGUCUUACUUUGUCUGCUGUGUAUGUGUACAUGUUUUUUGUUUUUAAUUAUUUUUUUUCUUCCUUUUUUAUGUGUCUAGUUCAAUUUCCAGCUGCACUGUCUAUGUGCUUGGGAUGAUAAAGUGUUGGUGAGGGGUGGCCUGUUAGCUUUGAAAGGAGAACUUGGAUGGACCUGAAAGAUGGAUGCAUAUUUAUGGAGGUGGUACCAUGUUUCUCCAAAUUACUUGGUACUGUGCUUUGAAGGAGCAUCACUCCCCCUUUGCCUCUAGGGCAGCUAGUGCACCUUGUUUUUGGCACUGCACGGUUUAAAUAUAAAACUUAGUAGCUAAUGACUUAUGAUAUUUUUUAACAGAAAAGUCCUCAUCAAGUGCAAUCGGAAUACCCAUGAAAGGGUCAGUACUGCCUCCUUUUUUCAUGACUCUUCACAAUCCUGAAUUACAUGCAUAACUUAGCAAAUGGACGGACGCUUUUUUUAAUAAUUUGUUGGUGCUUACGGAUUUAAAUCUAGCCAGUGACAUGAAGGCCUGUCUGAACAAUCGAAAGUAAGGUCUGUCAAAAUGGGGGCAGCAAAGUUCUCCUUUGCAAAGCAGCAUCCUUGUGUUAUUUUAUCAAAUGGGGAGAAAAGUGUUAAUGCAGGGUGAGUGGUACUUACAACAGAAACAGAGAUGUACAUUUGAUUUUUUUUAUUUAUUUGCAGAAGCUAAGAAUAAAGAUGUGCUUUUUUUAUUAUGCAAGUUAAGUUAAUAAAGUCCACUGCUCUCAUAAAA